AUAUUUUCUUUUUGUUUAAAUACAUAACAUUAACAUUUAGUCAAUAACAUCAGUUUUCUUUUUAUUAUUUUCGAAAAACAGCCUGCAGCGCAUAAAAUUUUACAUACCAAGCAGAGCGUGUGAAUCGUCCGGGCAAACAUGUUGAAGCUACGUAACAUCUUGUCAACAAUGGGCCACAAUGCCGGCCCUAUCGCGGCUGUCCGCUCGCUUUCAACAACCGCCAGCUGCAAGGACUCCGAGUCGUGGUUCUCCAAGCUGCUGGUGCGCAAAAUCGAGCCGACAAAGGAGUCGCACAGUCGCAUGCUGAGCGAUAAGGAAAUAAUAUAUGCCUUGCAUACGCACAACGUGCGCCCCGAUUCCAUGGGCAACUAUCUGAAUAAUUACAAAAAUACGGUGGCACUUAUCAAUGAGAAGAAGACGAGCCUAUCGUGCAAAUUGGUCGCCUCAUGGACUGUCCAAGUGGGCGACAUGGAUCAGUGUCUGCAUCUGUGGAGAUAUACGGGCGGUUUUGAGAAAAUCGAUCAGGCCAAAGAAGAUCUGUGGAACGAUCCAGAGUAUUUGAAUUUAAUGAACGAGCGCUCCAAGUUCCUGCGCUCACGCCAUCUGCAAUAUCUGUUGGCCUUCAGCUAUUGGCCGCAAAUCGAAAGCCGAUCGGGCAAAAACAUCUACGAAAUGCGAUCGUAUCGACUAACCCCGGGCACCAUGAUCGAAUGGGGCAACAACUGGGCGCGUGCCAUUAACUUCCGCAAGCAUAACAAUGAGGCCUUUGCUGGAUUCUUCUCACAGAUUGGCCGACUCUAUAAUGUCCAUCACAUUUGGUGUUACAAAUCGCUGCAGGAUCGCAAGGAGACCAGAGAGGCGGCCUGGCGUUCACCCGGCUGGGAUGAGUGUGUGGCAUAUACCGUGCCAUUGAUUCGCGAGAUGCACUGCCGCGUCCUGGCGCCCACUGAGUUCUCGCCCACACAGUAAACUGUGCCCAUCAAACUAGAAUGAUUCAAUCAGCAGACCGGCUCUGUGUCUAACAAUUUGAUUUUAAAUGCUGUGAAACUUUGAGUAACAUGUACCCCUCUAUCCCCCCUCGAACCCUUGCUCCUUCUGUUGAAAACUUGUAUAUAAUGCCAGCAUUUGAAUGCUUUCAUUUUUAGCUGCUAUUACUUAAGAUAAAAGUGCAUUUUUGUUGUCAAACAUUUGAAAGCUAUGUGUUUUGUGGAUAUAGCAAAAAAAAAAGAAGAGAAAUAUAAUCAAAAAUCAAAAUGAUCAGAAAAGAUAGAUAUGCA